UUAUCUGUUUACCUUUGCUGAAAAAGUGUUCUGAACUCUCCCUGGUUUUUCCUCCCCCCCAUCCUCUGCCUCCUCCCCCUCCCUUACUGGAUUGUUUCCUCUCCGUUCAUUUUUAAGUUUUCUUUGCAUAUUUUGGAUCCCCAUGUUCAUUUUGCAAACAUUUUCUUUCAGUUUGUGGCUUGUCUUUGCACUCUCUUAACGUUAUUUAUAAUAUUUAACUAUUUAACCUUAGCAUCAUGGUUCAGUUAUUUUUAAAUAUCCAAGGCAUCUGAGUUUACAACUGUGAAGAGAAGUUUGAAGGAUCCCGAUGUUCCCUGUUGACCACUGACCCCUUUUGUGAACGUCUGCAUUUGUAAAAUGGAUCGAGUCACCAAGCUCAAGUCCGGCUCAACCUCAAACCUCACCUUCUUAAUGGGAUCAUCGCUGCCACGAUCCAAGACUCAGCCAGUGGCCUGUCCAAGUUGGCUGGCUUUAGCUGAGCUGACAUUUUUGCUGACUAGAGUCAUGCUAUCUUUGCCAGUUCGCUGGAAUAGACACAGACACGGAUUGGGUCACCACGAAGACAUUCCUGUCUUGUGAAGCAAGUCUGUUUGUAUUUUAGGUUUGCCAGGACUAAUGAAUUAAAACAUUUGGACGCUCUACAACUUGCUGUUUAUCAAUGCUUCUGACAGGAGGGGGGUUUUUCUUUUGCUCUUGCUUUUUCUAGAAACAUGACAACAUCCUGGCUGUGGCAAGGAAAGGAGAGAGAGGCUAUGCGAGGAAGCGGAACAGGGAGGUCCCGUGGGAUGGGACGCUGGGGUCCGGGGCAGAGCAGGUAGUGUGCCUGCUGGGCAGCUGUCUCUGCUCCUCAGAGUGUCCGUGGCUGUUAUGCAGCAGGUGCAGACUGCUCUCUCGCUGAGUCUUGACUCCACAAACCCAACGACUGGCCAAGGCAGUGGCUGGCCCUGGAUUACACAAGCGCAGACUCUCAACUAAGUGAGGAGAGUUGAUCUCAGAUCCUCCUGCUUGGAUGGCAAGCAUUUGACCAGCUGGGCUCUCUCCCUAGCCCCUAAGCAUGGAAAACAGCAUAGCCUGAAGCCAUCUGACAGUCUAUUGAAUGGUUGUCCCCAAUUAAAAUUGGUAGAUGACCCUCAAAACCAAGAUUCAGCCGAUCAAUGGAGAGCAAUAUCGAAAAUAGGAAGUAGGAGUUUUAAAACCAUAUUUCAUUCAUUCUGGAUGUCUAUUACCAAAGAAAAAAAUUUUUUUGUAGAAGAGAGAAAAAAAUUAAAAUGGACCAGCUGGAAGACCCAGGAGAAGGCCGGGCCUCAGGUGCCCACAUGAUCAGCACAGCCAGGGUACCUGCAGAUAAGCCAGUACGCAUCGCGUUUAGCCUCAAUGAUGCCCCAGCCACAUGUGUGCGAGGCUGGCGUCUCACUGCUGUUCCCACACUUCCGGCUAACCCAACACACUGCAGCAGGAAUGAUGAACGGGGCAGAUGAUACACCGUCUGAAGAGGCCACUCCUUUGGUCUUCCCAGAGUUAGAGCAACAGCUCCAGCCUUUGCCACCUUGUCACGACUCAGCAGAAUCCAUGCAGGUGUUUAAACAGCACUGCCAAAUAGCGGAAGAGUACCAUGAAGUCAAAAAGGAGAUCGCCUUGCUUGAGGAAAGGAAGAAGGAGCUCAUUGCCAAGCUGGACCAGGCAGAGAAGGAGAAGCUGGAUGCUGCUCAGCUGGUGAGGGAGUUUGAGGCCCUGACGGAGGAGAACCGGACGCUGAAGAUGGCCCAGUCUCAGUGUGUAGAGCAACUGGAAAAACUCAGAAUCCAGUAUCAGAAGAGGCAGGGCUCCUCCUAACAUCAGCCGAUGAAAUGUGAGCGAGGUUGCUGACUGCCAUGUGCUGGCCAAAAGGAUUUGCAUCUUAAGGAACAGAGAGUAAAAUCUAUUGCUUCCCUUUAUUACCCACAUGGCAAAUGUCUAGAGUGAGUUUAGUGCCGCCUAGCUUCUAGCUCGAGAGGGGGAUAUUUUAAGCGAGGUCAUUAAUGCAAAGCUAUCGCCAGUAUAUAUUUUCAGAGAUCAAGAGUUCUUUUUUCCAAAUAUAUACGUAUAUAUAUAUAUAUCUUAGAAAGAUAUGAUCAUACUGUACAUUAUAGUAGAAAAUAAUAAAAAUAGAAUAUCGACUGGCCCCACCGAAAGUCAUGCGCCAUAAAACAAGCCAGUAGGGUGUUCACUGUAGUUUCACAUCUGUGCAUCUAAAAAUUCUAUGCCUUUUCAUAUUGCAAGUCUGCUCAGCUACAAACCAUGAAAACUAGCUGUGCUCGGUAGAGUCAGAUGUAACUCUUCAGUGACUGACUGUCCUAAGAACAAAUGGUUGUAUAGCCUAAAUGCUUUCUCGUGAAACUAUCAGCAGUCGUGCGUCCUUGCCCAAAGCUCACUGGCCAGCGCUGAUUUGUGUAAGGAAGAAUCAAGGCUGACCGUGCUUUCUUCCCUCUGGGUUAACACGCAGUGGACACGUUUGCGUUGGCGGUGUGGGUCUUUGGGGUCUGGGCCCGGGGAAAGUGGAAGCUAUGGUUCAGACCCCACACACCAUUGAGUGUCUGUAAGACCGGUGAGAGGAUAUAACUAGUGCUCGGGAUCUCAGGAGAUAGGUUAGACCAGUGAGGCUGACGGGAAUGUGGCGCGAAUGCAGAAUUAGAGAGCACGAUCUCCCUUGGUUCCGGCUCCCACAUCUUCCGCCGCCCAUCUUUGUUUUGUGUCUGUUUCCAGUCACGUGACUCCUUUUUCAUUAAACGUGGAUCCAAAGUGCG